AUGGUGGGUGAGUUAGCUUUAGCAUUUGUGGAUACAAUCAGCAUGAUUCUCAGAGAUGCAGAUGGUCGACCUGAUGAAGAAGUUAUUGAUGAAUAUUGGGCCAAUCACAUUUCUCGAAAUGAUUCAAUAAUUGUGGAUGUCUGCCAAGGUCAAUAUAAGUCAACUUUGGUUUGUCCUGUAUGUGAGAAGAUCUCGGUUACAUUCAACUCAUUUAUGUAUCUCUCAUUGCCACUUCAAUCAACCACCACCCGAACAAUGAGUGUCACAGUAUUCAGCUGUGAUGGAAGUGCAGUGCCCACCACUGUAACUGUAACUGUACCCAACCAGGGUUGUUGUAGGGACUUGAUUCAAGCACUUUCCAUUUCUUGUUCUUUAAAAAACAGUGAAAAAGUCUUCCUAGUUGAGAUAUGGAAUCACUUAAUUCACCGGUUUCUGGAAGAUCCUCUCAUGUCAUUAUCCUCCAUAAAAGACGAUGAUCAUCUCAGUGCUUAUAAGAUCCCCAAAUCCAUGAAAAAUACCAAAUUUCUCCUGUUGAUACAUCGUCGCCAAGAGCUUUCAACGCAUAGAGUUGGAUAA